AUGUCUGACUUCCCACCCAACCUCUCCAUCCGUCCGCUUACCAUUCAAGACAUCGACCAGUGCGUUGCCUUAGAAAUCCAGGGGUUCCCCCCUUCUGAACGCUGCUCCCGCGAAAAGUUCUCCUACCGUUUGACAGUUGCUCCCGAAUUAUGUGCUGGUUUAUUUGUAAGACAAUACGACGUCAAAUACAAUGCUAUUAAUCUCCCAGAAGUCGCAGAAAAGCUUGAAAAACAACACCACCCUGAAGAUGACUCCGACGAGUUACCUGCACAUUCUUCCGUCAUCAAAGAAACUUUGAUCGGACAUGUCAUUGCUACAAAAAUCGCAUCUGAUCGCAUAACCGAUGCUUCUAUGGAAUUACCGUCAGACGACACCCCGGGAUCAGGCCAUAUCGAGAGCUCGAGAAAUAUAGGUAUCCAUUCCAUAGUAAUUGACCCAGAAUGGAGAGGCAAAAACUUGGGCGCAUUAUUGUUACAUGAUUAUAUCCAAAAAUUGUCAAACCAAGAUAUAGGCGACCAGAUUGUCAUCAUCAACAAAGAAUCUUUAAUCCCAUUCUAUGAAAAAAUCGGAUUCAACAACCUCGGCGAGAGCGAAUGCAAACACGGCGGAGCUACAUGGUACGACAUGGCUAUCGACUUGGUCGCCACCGAUGAUCUCUAA